AAAACUGUCUGUGAUACCGGCACAAAGGAGAAGUACAACUGAAUGUGAUGUGUGCUGAGUCAAAGCUUGUGAGGCUGUCAAAGGGAAAAAGAAACUGAGGAAAGAGAGAGAGAGAGAAGUAGAUACUGAGUGAGUCAGUCAGUUAGUAAGAGAAAAAGAAGAGAAGGGGGGGACAGGAAAAAGACCCUGAGGACAAACUGUGAAACACACUCACGCUGUGACACACACAGACGGAGAGCAGGAGCUCAACUCAAGCUUGACUUCUGCUCCUGGGAAGAAGCCUGGUGGUUUGUGGUCAGGACCUUGUGAGAGGUGGAACUCUAAUGACAAGUUUGCUGCUUUGGAACUGAAAAGGACAAAAACAAAGGACUGAGUUUUGACAAAGAGAAGGGAUUUUGCCAUCAGGGAAUCUCUCUAACGGACCUGAAUGUGGAUAUGCUAUCAUUCCCUUUGUGGACUCAGCAGCUCAUGGUGGUUGAGGACUUCUUGAGAGAAAAGGAGACACAUUUGUGGGACUGAAUUAUCUGAGUAAGUAAGGCUCAGCCUGCAACUUGUGGGGUGCAUCCUGGUCAAGAGACAGGGCAGGGGGAGGGGAGGACGCUCCAGCCUGUAUCUCUGUCCUCUGGGAGGGUUCUUUUCAACAUGAGGUAACCCCCAAAAUAACUACAUCAAGACAGGGGAGGGAAUCAUUUUGACCAUGUGCAGCAGUCUUCUCUAACAUGGGCAGAAACCAUUGUGCCGAUGGCAUGAAUUAUCAGACAACAGAGUGUCUUUCACUGUAUCCUGGCUUAGGACUGUUCUGUGAUAUACUCUCCAUUCAUGCUCAAUUCAUUGUUCACAGCAGCCUUUUCAUUAUAUAGCUAUUACAUAACAGACACCCCUCAUCCCUCCACUCUUUGUCUCUCAGAAUGUACAACAGCACCUUACCAACUGUCAGUUUCACCCAGCAAAUCGCUAACAACUCUACCUGCAUCAAGAAUGAUGGGUUUAAAUACCCAUUGUACAGUACAGUCUUUAGCAUUGUGUUUGUGGUGGGACUGAUCACCAACGUUGUGGCCAUUUACAUAUUCACCUGUUCUCUGAAGCUGAGGAACGAGACCACGACCUACAUGAUGAACUUGGUAGUGUCUGACCUGCUGUUUGUCUUCACGCUGCCUCUGAGAGUCUUCUACUUUAUCAACCAGAACUGGCCUUUUGGAAGCACACUCUGCAAGGUCUCCGUCUCUCUGUUCUACACCAACAUGUACGGCAGCAUUCUCUUUCUCACCUGCAUUAGCGUGGAUCGCUUUUUAGCCAUUGUGUACCCCUUUCGCUCAAGGGCGCUUAGGACCAAGCGCAAUGCCAAGAUAGUGUGUAUUGCUGUAUGGGUGCUGGUGCUGUCAGGGAGUCUCCCCACAGGGUUCCUGUUGGAGACCACCUCACGUGGGAAUAAUAAUACCAACGCCACGUUCUGCUUUGAGAACUUCUCCUCCAACCAGUGGAAAUCUCACCUGUCCAAGGUGGUGAUCUUCAUAGAGACAGUAGGCUUCGUCAUCCCACUUCUACUCAAUGUGUGUUGCUCCAUCAUGGUGUUGCAGACCCUGCGUCGCCCUCAAACCAUCAGUCGAGGGGGGAAGCUGAACAAAACAAAGAUCCUACGUAUGAUAAUUGUGCACCUCCUUAUUUUUUGUUUUUGCUUCAUCCCCUACAAUGUAAACUUGGUUUUCUAUGCUCUGGUCCGCACCAAAACUUUAAAAGGCUGCUUUGUGGAAUCGGUGGUCCGGACGAUCUACCCAAUAGCCCUCUGCAUUGCUGUGUCCAACUGCUGCUUUGAUCCCAUCGUGUACUACUUCACCUCGGACACCAUCCAGAACUCAAUGAAGAGGAAGCCUCAGGGCAAGCACUCGUUUGACGUCAAGUUCUCAGAUGCCCUGCAGUCAGAAACCAGCUCAAACCUGCAUUGCAGCCUAAGGAAUCUCAAAGCUAAAGUCUUCCACAACGAGUCAUCAGUGUGACAGUGGGGUUGCUACACUCAACAUGAAAGGUAUUAAAAUACAUCCUCUCAUAGGAAAACAAACCUCCUUGAGACAAUGGGAAUGGACUUUUUUGGAUUGUUUGAGUGGUUUAUGAACCACCUGCCAAAGAAGUUUUAUUUGAUCUCAGUCUUCAUCUCAGGACAAAUGUUUGGACUUGUCAUAGACAGCCUCUGCUCUGCAGUAUUACUGCUACAUGUCCAUUUGUUCACAUCUGUGGAUUUGUUGUUACUACUUGCUAAUUUCCCUUUCCUGUGGAAUAUACUGUAAUUGUGUUACGCGCAAUUACUCUGCCAGUGACCUGGAAGGGAAUGUGAUCACUGAACAGCAGGACAGUUAUCAUAUUGAAUGCUUCAUGUGCCUGUAUAUCUGUACAUUUCUGUGGUAAUUUGUGGUGCCAAUUUUAUAGUAGUAUCUAUUAAAUUAACAUAAAGUUAUAUCAAGCUAUAGAUUGUACAGGGCUUUUUUAGGUCACAGAAGUGCCUUUUUUGUUCUGGCAGCAUUUUGUUGUAGACUCUGUCUUCUUAGACUAUUAAAUGCACUGACACAGAAUUCCAUAUACUGCACUAAUGCCACAGUAAUGAAUAAAAGUCAUGUACUGUUUAAAACAAAAAA